AUGACCGACGCCACCGCCCUCCUCUUCCUCAAGGACUCCUUCACCGGUGCUGGCGACGCCCUCAACUCCUGGUCCUCUUCCUCCACCUUCUCCCCUUGCAGCUGGUCCGGCGUCAUCUGCGACAGCGGCGUCGUCACCGGCCUCCGCCUAGCCGGGCUUGGCCUCGCGGGGACCAUCAACGUGACGGCUCUCUCCCACUUCAAGGGCCUCCAUUCCAUCAGCUUCAAUAAUAACAACUUUAACGGUCAACUACCGCCGGGCUUCGACAGCCUCCAAAGCCUCAAGUCUGUUUUUCUCUCUCACAAUGCCUUCUCCGGCGAGAUCCCUGACGGAGCCUUCGCUUCCAUGCGCUCCCUCAAGAAGCUCUGGCUCAACAACAACCAAUUCACGGGGCGCAUCCCGGCCAUCUCCAACGUCUCCAAGCUCAUUGAGAUUCGGUUGGAAGGCAACGCCUUCGAAGGCGCCAUUCCUUCUAUUGACAUCUCCUCACUCAAGUCGUUCGACGUGUCGAACAACCGCCUCACCGGUCCUAUUCCCGCUACCUUGGCUCGAUUCAGCGCCGCCUCUUUCGUCGGGAAUCCAGGUCUGUGCGGGCCUCCUCUCGACUCCACCUCCUGUGAAACACCGCCACCGACCACACAACCGUCGGCGAAUCGAGAGCCUCCAGAGAAACAGAGUCGCCUCGGGACAGUCAUUGGCGCCUUGCUCGGGAUUGUAGCUGCGGUUCUCAUCCUCAUCGCCGUACUUGUGAUGCUCUGCCGCCGUCGAUCGGGGGAGGAAAAGAACGAAACGGUCGGCUUUACGGCGUCCGCAGAAGCCAUGGAGUCGGCGGAAGUGCCCAGUACUGCGAUCCCUACCGCCACCACGACGGCCGGAUUCGUCCAAAAGCCGCAAGACCAGGAGUCAGGGUCGAAGUCGAGCCGCAAGCGGUCUACCGGCUCGACCCGUAGCCCGGCGGCGGCGACGGCGGCGGCCACCGACUUGGUCAUGGUUAACGAAGACAGGGGAACGUUCGGCCUCACGGACCUGAUGAAGGCCACGGCAGAAGUGCUCGGCAACGGCAGCUUAGGCUCCGCCUACAGGGCCACCAUGACCAACGGCUUGAGCGUCGCCGUCAAGCGCAUGCGCGACAUGAACCGGGUGAGCAAGGAGGCCUUCGAAGUCGAGAUGCGGCGCCUCGGGAUGCUCCGGCACCCCAACGUCCUCACUCCCCUGGCCUACCAUUACCGCAAGGAGGAGAAGCUCAUCGUCUCGCAGUACGUCCCCAAGGGAAGCCUGCGCUACAUUCUCCAUGGCGAUCGGGGAGCAGCGCACCGUGCAUUGGAUUGUCCCACGCGGCUCAAGGUAGCGCUGGGGAUCGCGCGCGGCAUGGCGUACCUCCACGCCGAGCUCGCCGCUCUCGACGUGCCGCACGGGAACCUGAAGUCCGCCAACAUCCUCCUCGGCGACGACUUCGAGCCGCUGAUCGCCGACCACGGCCUCGCGUCGCUGGUGAGCGUGGCGCAGUCGUCGCAGGUCAUGUUCGCGUACCGGACGCCGGAGGGCGCGCAGCACCGCACCGUGUCCCCCAAGUCCGACGUCUUCUGCCUCGGCGUCAUCAUCCUCGAGCUGGCCACCGGGAAGUUCCCGUCGCAGUACAUGAACAACACCAAGGGCGGGACGGACGUGGUGCAAUGGGCGGCGUCGGCCAUCGCCGAAAAGCGGGAAGAGGAGCUGGUGGACACGGACGCCGCCGGCCCAGGCGCGCCAGAAGGAAUGGUGCGCCUCCUCAGGGUGGGCGCCGCUUGUGCCAACUCGAACCCAGAACAGAGGCCUGAAAUGUUGGAGGUGGCAGAGCUCAUCGAGGAGAUCGUUAGCGCCGUCGCCGGCGAGGUGGAGCAGUCGUAG